CCGAAUGGCAGGGUGGGAGGAGCCAAACCGACCCACUUCCGGCUUCACCCAGCGACGUUCUUUCCGUCCCUACCAGCGGCACGGACAUCUCUGCCGCUCUAUAAAAAAACUCAAAUUCAUCGAUCAACUUUGAGUUGAGGGACUGAAAAGCAGUACAUCCCAUCCGCAAUUAUGACUUACGGAGGUUCAUCCGGUGGUGGUGGUGGAUACCGUGCAGGUGGAAAUAACGGACUCUCAGGAGGUGGCCAACGUGGUGGUCCCCCCCGAAAUAGUUAUGGUGGUGGUGGCGGUGGCGGUGGUGGAAAUCGAUUCGGUGGUAGAGGUGGUAACGCAGGUUCCUCAAAUCGUUUUGGAAAUCGUGGAGGAUCGAUGAAAACUGGUAAUGGAGGUGCUGGAGGUAAUCUCCGUAAGCCAAAUUGGGAUUACGAGAAUUUGAAGCCUUUCAAGAAAGAAUUCUACGUACCACACGCCAAUGUUGCCAACAGGCAUCCCCGUGAGGUAGAGACUUAUCGUGGUGAGAAGCAGAUAACCCUGAAGGGUGAAAAAAUUCCAAAUCCAAUUCAGUACUUCGAGGAGGGAAAUUUUCCCGAUUACGUUAUGCAGGGAAUAAGGAAGCAGGGAUUUUCGGAGCCAACAGCUAUUCAGGCACAGGGAUGGCCUAUUGCGAUGUCAGGGAGAAAUAUGGUGGGAAUAGCACAGACAGGAUCUGGCAAGACACUUGGAUAUAUUCUUCCAGCAAUUGUUCAUAUUAAUAGCCAACAGCCACUGAAUCGUGGUGAUGGACCAAUUGCUCUUGUUCUUGCACCUACGAGAGAGCUCGCCCAGCAGAUUCAGACUGUUGCCCAGGAUUUUGGAUCUCUGUCGUACGUCAGGAACACCUGCAUAUUCGGUGGAGCACCCAAGGGUGGACAGGCACGAGAUCUUGAACGAGGAGUUGAGAUUGUCAUUGCUACACCUGGACGUCUCAUUGAUUUUCUCGAGCGUGGAACAACUAAUCUCAGGAGGUGCACUUAUCUCGUUCUCGAUGAGGCUGAUCGUAUGCUGGAUAUGGGUUUUGAGCCACAGAUCAGGAAGAUCAUUGAACAGAUCAGGCCUGACAGGCAGGUACUCAUGUGGUCUGCCACUUGGCCCAAGGAAGUCAGAAAUCUUGCUGAGGAAUAUCUCACCGAUUACACACAACUCAAUAUUGGAUCACUCUCUCUGUCUGCUAAUCACAAUAUUCUGCAGAUUGUUGACGUCUGCCAGGAGCAUGAGAAAGAGACAAAAUUGGGAACUCUCCUUCAGGAAAUUGGCAACGUCAAUGACGACGGUGGCAAGACUAUUAUCUUCGUUGAAACGAAGAAAAAAGUGGAAAACAUCACGAGGAAUAUUCGUCGUUAUGGGUGGCCAGCUGUCUGCAUGCAUGGCGAUAAGUCACAACAGGAACGCGAUUAUGUUUUAAGAGAAUUUAGAAACAAAAAAGGCUCGAUUCUCGUAGCAACAGACGUUGCAGCUCGUGGACUAGACGUCGAUGACGUGAAGUACGUGAUCAACUUCGAUUAUCCAUCGUCGUCAGAGGACUACAUCCACAGGAUUGGUAGAACUGGACGUUCACAGUCGACUGGAACGAGUUAUGCAUUCUUUACACCACAAAACAGCCGACAGGCUAAGGAUCUGAUUAAUGUACUUAAAGAGGCUAAUCAGGUUGUUAAUCCUAAACUGAGCGAACUCGCUGCUAAAAGUGGAGGUGGUGGAUCUUAUGGUGGACGCAAUCGUUGGGGAUAUGGGGGUGGUCGAGGUGGACGUGAAAACACAUUCUCAGGACAGCAUAAACGAUUUGACAACCGUAGCAAUGGUUAUGGAAACUACAGCUGAUUAUGUGAUUCUAUGAAUAACCAUGGCAACCGAACAAAUUCCUGGGAAGCUGGACACAACAGUUGUUUUUGAAACUGUUACACAAACGAUAAAGAUAAACAGUGAAAAUCAGUACGAAAUAUCAAUCUCCAGUUACCCAAUACAUAAUCGGUUAUCACUGGUUUCAGUAUCUAAAUAAUUUCAUUUGUAUUUAUCAUCGAAUAUUGAAAAAAAAAAAGUACCUUUUUUAAGUAGAUUCAGCCCUGUCACUCGCUGACAAAGAUUUAGGGUUUAUUAAUCAGUUUUUUUCUAUUGGUGAUACGUCGUAGAUUCAAUUUUCUUCUAAUUUUUGAAUAGAACUCGAAUGAUUUUCCUAAUUUAGUAGUUCAAUUUAAAUGAAUGGAUUUUUUUUUCAAGGUAGAAAUUCAUUCAAAUAGACAGCGACCAUUUUUUUUUCUUUUAAGUUGUUGAGGAAACUUAUUAAUGGAGAAGAACCCUUCAGUAUUCAUUCCAUUGAUUCUGGAAUAUGGUCAACAGGAUCUUGUAUUUGAUCUGCAAACACUAGGUUUUAUUAUUUCUUUCUUUGUAUCCUAAUCGAUGUACACCAAACAUAAUAAUACAGAACAGGAAGUUCAAGGAAUAAUCUGGCGGUUUCAGGAAGUUCCAUAAUCCGUAAAUAAUUCUUUGUCGUGAUUGUAAAACCGUUGCAAGGAUUAUUAUUAAAAAAACAAUGUCAAUCUGGCUGGGUGCAUAGCCCGUACAAGAAAAUAAAACAAAUUCAGUGAAAAAUUUA